AAAAUAUUUUUUUCAGCUAUAAAUGAUUUGCAUUAGGAGAAGAGGCAAUUUCACAGAGGUAUGCAGAUGCUUUAAAACUGUCUUCAGCAUCUUAUUUAAAAUUGCGUCUUAAUCCGUUUCUGCUUCCUCUGACUUAAAUACUUCAUCUGAAAAACAGAGAGUUUUCUUCAGUUUCAUUCUAGCAGCAUCCACAUGGAAGAGCGUUGUUUUUAAAACAGUAUGGAAGUACUUAGGAUUCAUUCACUGAUCACAGAGAUAAGAUAAUAAGAUUUGAUUUUUGUUUAUCUGACGACUUUGUCACUUUUUAGGCAUGAUCAACUUAAAAAUGUCUUGUAGGAUUUUUCAUUAAUAAUGUAUGCUUUAAAUUUCCAUUUCACAAUUUCUAGAAGAAAAGAAAAUGUUCAUCUUUUUGUAAGGCAAUGCAUCCAUGUUAGUAGUGUGUGAGCAUGGCAACAUUUUUGUUUUCCUUUCGAUCUCAUAAAACUCCUAAAAAGCGCUGAUAAUGAGUGUUUCAAUAUUUGAGACAGCUCAUCUUGGUAUCGGUAUCAUCUCUAGUACCACUUCUCUUUCACUACUGUUUGCAUCGCUUGACCUUUAUAAAGGGGAAUGUUAUGUUUUAUACCUACAUUUUGAUAGUUUUGGCACAGAAUCUAGUCUAAGCAUGAAACUGCUGCCUGCUUGCAUGACAAGUCUCGGCAUUAAUACAUGGAAUGCUACUCAGUAAUGAUGGUCCGAUGCAACUCUCGUUCAAAAAGGAGAGGAUAAACAACUUCCUGGACUUUAUUCCAGCUGUAAGAAAACUGUGAGAAAGUGCAGUCUCUGCCACUGGGUGACUUUGCCACUUUUGUUUCUCAGCGUGGCGCUGUGUGAACCAAGGCGCCUCUAUGGGCAGUGCUCGAGGAAAAAGUGCAUUGGUGUUACUCGGGGUGUACAAGGUGGAAAACCUUGAAUAAUGUGGGAUAGUAGCAAGCUGGAGAGGCGAAUCCGAGUCAACUAGUGGGUCACCAGGAGGUGAGGCUGCCUUCUUCUCAGGGUUCAGGAAAAGUUCAGCAGCAUAGCAUUAGGCAAAUUAGGGGGACAGAGUGUUAGGGUCGAUGGAGGAAAAAAAUCAUAAGGGUUGAGGACUGGUUGAAGAUGGAAGGAGGAGUUCCCUUUCUGUGAGUGAGGAAUUUCCAGGGAAAAUCCCUGGAAGAGAUGCAUUCUGUGGCAGCUUUCAGUAUAUCCAUGAACUCCUGUGUAAAAAUAUGAAAGACUAAUUACUGAGCUUAUAUAACUUAGUCAUGUCCUCAAAUACAUUCCUACUUAAAGCCCCUGCUGCUCGGUUAGAGGGAGGGCCCCUCUCAGCCUCAUUCAGGCCCUGUCUGCAGACAGGGAGAUCUAUUGUGGCGUUCCUGAAAGGGUUAAACGUGGGAGGAGCGCUGCAUGAAAGACACCGAGGGGAGAAAAAAAAACCUCAGAGCCCAGUGGAGGUGGAGCCAGAUCCCUCAGCUGCUGCGCCUUGUCACAUUUCUGCAGAGUAUGAUCACCGCUCGCUUUGCUCUGGGAAUAAUGUCUCUCUCUCUCUCCCUGUAAACACUAACGAGGCGGUGCAGCUGGAUGUCUGAGUAAGAGCGGUGCGAGCGAAGGAAGCCGCCGGUUGUUGCACAGCUCAUAGUGGUGGGAGCUGACAGGAGUCCACCCGUGGCGGAUCGGGCGCUGACGGGACAACCGAGCGUAACCCAGCAGAGGACAGACUGCAACUCCGCGGAAUCUACGCCUCCAUCCCGGACGCAGUUCCUGCGAUCGGAUAUAUUCUUUCUCUUCUGUCUGGGAUUUAAUUUCAUUUUCCGCUUUUCUCUUUGUUGUGUGGACGGAGCCGUAGAUGUUGCUCUGAUUCUGACGACGACCGGGCUGGACAGGACAGAUAUAUUCUGCUGAAGUUCCUCUCCUCGGUUUGGUGCUCCUUCGACGGACACAAUGCGGACUGCUUUUUCAAAUCUUCUUAUCAAAUUAGGUUAAUUCAUCCAGCGCCGUGUUUUUGUUUGCAGUCUGUAGGAAGAUGCCAAAUGUCCAGAUCGUCCCGCUGUUUGGAUUUAUGACUUUCCCCUCCAUUUUAAUGCCGUUUUCCACCCCUGAGCUGUUCUGCCUCUGAGCUCCGCACGGCUCGCUCGGGUGUAGCUGCAGCUCGCUGCUCCCCCGUAUUUUGAUCGCCUCUCCCCGCCGCCGUCUCUCAGCCGCGUAUGAUGUACGAGAGUGUGGACGUUGUGGGACUGAAUCCCAGCCCGAACCCGUUUUUAAUGAUGGAUUACUACAACCAGAGCAGAGGAUGCUUGAUCCCAGAAAAGGGACUGGUGCCCGGAGCGCCCCAUCCUUACAGCACGUCCAUCAGGAACCAGCACUGGAACGGCUCCAAUCACUCAAUAGAGACCCAGAGCACCAGUUCAGAAGAGAUAGUGCCAAGCCCGCCCUCGCCUCCCCCGCCGCCCCGUGUCUAUAAGCCCUGCUUUGUGUGCCAGGACAAGUCCUCAGGGUACCACUAUGGUGUCAGCGCCUGUGAAGGCUGCAAGGGAUUCUUUCGGAGAAGCAUCCAAAAGAACAUGGUGUACACUUGCCACCGAGAGAAAAACUGCAUCAUCAACAAAGUCACCCGCAAUCGCUGCCAGUACUGUCGGUUACAGAAGUGCCUGGAAGUUGGGAUGUCUAAAGAGUCGGUGAGGAAUGACCGGAACAAGAAGAAGAAGGAUGAGAAGAAGCAGGAGUGCACAGAGAGCUAUGUGCUGAGUCCUGACACAGAGCAGAUGAUUGACAGGGUUCGCAAGGCCCACCAGGAUACUUUCCCCUCUCUCUGCCAGCUGGGCAAAUACACUACGACUAACAGCUCAGAAAGGCGUGUGUCCUUGGACAUAGACCUGUGGGACAAGUUCAGUGAACUCUCCACCAAGUGCAUCAUUAAGACGGUGGAGUUUGCGAAGCAGCUGCCGGGCUUUACGACACUCACCAUUGCCGACCAGAUUACUCUGCUCAAAGCUGCCUGUCUCGAUAUUCUGAUACUGCGGAUCUGUACACGUUACACACCAGAGCAAGACACUAUGACCUUCUCAGAUGGACUCACGCUAAAUCGAACCCAGAUGCACAAUGCCGGCUUUGGUCCCCUCACUGACCUGGUGUUUGCCUUCGCCAAUCAGCUCCUGCCUCUGGAGAUGGAUGAUGCUGAGACAGGGCUUCUUAGCGCCAUCUGCUUGCUUUGUGGAGAUCGGCAAGAUUUAGAAGAAGCAGACAAAGUGGACAUCCUGCAAGAGCCCCUUCUGGAGGCACUGAAGAUUUAUGUACGGAAGAGGAGGCCCCACAAACCUCACAUGUUCCCCAAGAUGCUGAUGAAGAUAACUGACCUAAGAAGCAUCAGUGCUAAAGGAGCGGAGCGUGUCAUCACACUGAAGAUGGAGAUCCCUGGAUCCAUGCCGCCUCUCAUCCAGGAGAUGCUUGAGAAUUCAGAGGGACUUGAGAGUGGAGCUGCAGGCAGCAGGCCCAGCGGACCCCCCCCAGGCAGCUGCAGUCCCAGCUUGUCCCCCAGCUCGGCCCAAAGCAGUCCAGCCACACAGUCGCCGUAGUACCAACCCUCUCAUUUUUAUUGCUUUUUCUCUUCAUGUUGUCUCCCCCCAUAUGGUUCUGAACACAAGGGGGCAAAGGAAGUGGGCUUUGAUCCUUACUGCUGAGAGCCACCUCCUUCUCUUCAGUGCCCCCUGACACAAGUCCACAUCUCCUGUACAAGGUUCGGACAGGAGGGGGGUGGUGGCGAAGCUGGAACGCUCCAGGAUGACCGGAUGCCUGAGAGAUGCCGCACCGUAAACACUGCUGAUGACUCCUCCUCCUCCACCUCCCUCCUCUCUCCUCUCCUCUCUCCACCUUCCUCAAAAAGACAGAUGGAAACGAGUCCGGAUGCAACAACCUGUUUUGAAUGAGUGAGAGCAGCACAAUGGGACGAAGACAUGGACGGGGAUAUGGACGAUGACUGACUUGACAAACACCAGACACUUUGUUGUUGUUUCUCUGAGGCAGACUACAACUUUGGAACUCACCGGGAGAACCCACUCCUGAAAAGACUUUGGGUCUUACCUCUUUGUUUUUCAUUUUCGAACAAAAACAACCAGAUUUUGUACAAAAGAUAUAUAAAUAUAUAUAAAAGAAUUAAGGAACUAUUGUGAUGGGCGUGUCCGGGAGAGAACUGCUGGAUGAAACGAGGACAAGUUUACCGCGCUGAGAUUAAAACUUGUUGUACUCCUUCAAUGUUCGAAUCUUUUUCAUACCUAUCAAAGAAUAAUGAGAGACGUUUCAAUUUCACGUUUGUAUAUUAUUCUUAAUAACAAAAAAAAAUUGAUGUUGACAUUUCUCUCUAGUCAUACACAAACACAAAAAUGUGCACAGAAAACAUUGAAUAUCACCUACUAUUCCAGGUUGGAUUUUUUUUUUCCUUUAAUCUUCUCUUCUUUAGUUUUGUUUUGUUUCCCUCCAAGAGAAUGAAAAAAACUGAUUGUAUGAUAUUUCCACAGGUCCUUUUAAAAAAUUCUAAUUAAUGAAGAGUCAUUAUUAAGGUGUAUUUUAAGUGACUUUGAGUUUGUGUAUAUAAGCUGUAUUCAUUUCUUUAAAACUAUGAAGAGUUUUAGGCCUCAUCUGUUUUUUUUUUUAUUCCUCUUAAGUGUUUUGUUCUAGUUUUUGUGGUUCAAGAAAGUACAUUUUUGAGCACAUUUUACUGAAGGAAGUUCUUUCAUGUUUUGUGUCCUACUAAGGUUUUGGACAAGCCCUGCAUUGAACACUGGCUGUUCAGAAUGUGACCUUUAACACACAAUUUAAACAUCUGCCCCUUUAAUUUUAGAGCUGUGUCUUUUUAUGAUGUACAGUAUGAAACCUAGGCAUGGGCCGGUAUGCAUUUCUCACAGUAUAAGUAAAUAAAUGCUACAAUGCCAAAGUAUUUACGCAAAAAAUUUAAACAGAAUUCUUUGCUACGAUCUCAUUGAUUUUAUUUUUGGUCAAGUCUAAUUGUCUUUUUGGGCACAUUUUUGCAUAUGCAGAAGAGAAAUUGUAAAAACAAAACAAUGAGAAGUAACACAAUAAUAAAAAUGCAAAAUAAUUUGAAGAUGAUCAUCUUAGCCUGAUUUAAACGUCAGGAAAUAAAAAUGUUUUUUUUUAACAUAUCCACUUAAAACUAUUGUUUUUGGGGGUUUUUUAGAAAAAAAAUUACAUUACAUUAUUACAUGUGUAAUGUGUUACAUGCGCUAAAUUCUGUGGUACUUUUCAAGUAACCAAAAUAACUAAACAGAACUUUAUAUCUUCAACACCAAUAUAAUACACUGAGAUCAUCUGAUCUGGUAUCUCCUUAGGUGGUCGAUUGAUUUCAGUCAGCUAGCAUACAAACUGUACAGUUAAACCCAAAAUUAUUCAUACCCCUGACUACUUUCAUUCAUUUACUUUCUUUGUGUGAAUUGAACAUCUCUCAACAGAUAAUGAAGAGCAGUUUCAGUUUUGAAAAAGAAAAUCUGUUCAUUUAAAUUCUAAAAUAAAUGGCAUGUUGAAAAUGAUUUAUACCCUUAAUCAUCAAUGGAAAAUUUUGUAUUGGUAUCACAAUAGUCAAGCCCUUCAUAUAAUAGCUGAGUAGCUUUAUUCAUGUUUCCACAGGUAUUAUGAUGAUUUAUCUUUGGUGAUGAGCUCAAAGUCUGUGAAGAUGCAAAAACCUCCUUGCUAUCACUCUAAUCUUUAGCUCCCUCCACAGACUUGUUGACCUCACUUGUUUUGAGGGGAAAAAAUCUUUCAACCAGCUGACUAGUAGUGCACCAGAACAUGUGGGGGGAGGGGACGUGCUACAUUACUCUAUCGAAGAAAACUCUUUAGAACUUUUUCUGGUAUAUAAUUAAAAGGUAUUCAAACUUUAGAAACAGUAUGUUGGGAAAUGUUUGCCAUUCUGAAACCCUAAAAGGUCACACUCAUCAGAAAAUACAUCAUUGUUAUUUUCUGUUCAACCAUCCACUCUGGUGUCAUACGGUUUGUCUUGUGCUUCGCCAGCUGAUCCUUUUUAACCAGUUUUAUUCUGAUAAAACUGAUCACGGCUGAACUCCAGUAACCUGUUCCGUCUUGACAUCUUUAAAGUGUGUUAAAGGUGCUGUCUGAUGAAUGUCAGUGGAACCUCUCACCGCGCCGCACCUGAUGUGUGCUCCCCUUAAUUUGUUCAAACCUUGGCAGAUAUUGAUACUGGCACCUGGCCCAUGCCUAUAGUUAAUAAAGUAAACACUCCUGUCAGAGCACAGCUUUUGUUUUUAUGUCUUGUAGCAGAAAGAAAAUACAAAAAUGAUGAGUAGAUGCCAUGUGGAGCCAGGAAGACUCAGCCGAGCUCCAACAGGUCAGCUUCAAAGAGAGUUUUAAUGUGAGGGAGGGUGUAUAUACUCUGUAUUAAACACUUGUGAUUCUCGGUACUCUGAAUGAAUCUGUUUGUAGCAGACGGAAUGGGGACUUGAUUGUAGCGGUCUUCUUUUUUGGCACCUGUCAAUGAAGGUUCCAAAUAGGUCUCCCACACCAAGCAGCUUGUAGGAACAAAUAUGUAACGGCACCAGAGCAGCCAAGCGCCCUGUGACUCACUUUACACCAAAACGCCUUCACCAUUAACACGUGUUAUCUGGCUCAUCAUUACUGUAACGCACCAAUGUCUCAGGAAGGAAUCAUUUGUGUGCUUGGCCUGUUGUUUGUAUAUGUUAUGUGAUGCAACCCUUAAAGCCUCCAAUCACAAAUGCACAUGUGUACACAUUUCUGCUACUGAGCCCUCUGAGUAUUUCCUCCAAUCACCCACUUUAGAUCAAAUCUGGCCCCUGCAGAGAGACUUAGACCCUGAACCUCUCAGUGUUAGAAUGCCAGUGUGGAGUCUCUCUCGAUCAUUUGUGUUUUUUUUUUUUUUUUGUGUUUGGAAAUUAAAAACACUUUUUGCUGCUUUCAUCCCUUCAGGCCUCUGUCCAGAACAGCGCACAACCUCCCACCCCCACCUACACUCAGAUAAUCUGGAACAGCAAGAGACACACUGUCGGCUUGAGAAGUUUGAAAUACGUUGCAGUUUUGUCAAGAUUAUCAAGGAACUUUAAAAAAACAAAAACUAAAGAUGAUAAAAAAUAAAAUCAACAUUUAAUAAUUAAA